AUGCCUAUUGGAACAGACACGAUCAACCCACCCAAAGAAUCCAGAGAAUUGACCAACCAUUCGAAUGACCCACAUGCCUCAAACAAAACUUACAAAUUCAAUAUUCCUGAUCGCGUUUGGAAAGCGCCCGUCGCUACCGAAGACAAGCCCUUGAAGUACACCAUCGGUAGAACCACACCCUACAACACCCUCCCGGUCUACUCAGUCAUGAAACCUGGCUUAGGACAAAUCUGGACUCUAAUCAAAAGAAUCGAUGGUGACUUAUAUGUGCGUCUCACUUUCCUUACACUCAUUGAGCCGAUCAAAUACUGA